UCCAUAAUAUCACCAAAAACAAUUGUCAAUUUUAAAUAUCAAUUUUGAUAUAUGUCAUGAGUGACUGAAUACAAAAUAUAGUUUUUUAAUGCUACUAAAUUUGAGGAAUGUUAUCGAUAUGUGCUAAUUGCUAGAUUUGAAAUGAGUGUCCUGAAUAUAUAAUGAAAGAUGGAUCAAAUUUGCUGCAAAUACAAUGCACUUUUUAUGUUGUUUAACCACCUUUCAAAACUUGUUUUCUCCCCAAGUAAUUGUAUAAACAUUUGCACAUAGUCAUGAUUACUUAUAAUAAUUAUUGGAGUUACAUUAAGCUACAUGAAUAAAUAUAUAAAAAAUUAAACCUCUUGUUAUGCUAGGGCUAGUAUAGACAAUUUAUCUUGAAUAGUCAUAUUAAGAUCCAAAAUUAUUGUUUCUAGCCAAACGCCUAAUCAAACCGAUUUUGAUUCCAUCCUGAAUCUGAUUAAUGCAGAAUCAGAAUCGUUGAAUCACAGAAUCAGGAGCCUACCAAACAGACCCUAUGUUUUGAUGAUAACGCUACUAUUUAUCAUUACUAAACAUCUGGUAUUAUGUGCUAAUUAUGUCACAUUUUAUCGACUAUUUUUUAACCAUACAAUUAUGUUGUUCAAAUUAUAAAGAAAAACAAUCGGUAUUAAAUUACAUCCAAAAGAAAAAUAAUUAAUUACAUGGCUUCCAUCAUGAAUACAUCAUAAGCCACAAGGGUAUUAUUGUCAACCUACUCUCUAUUAUCUCUUUCAGGAGUUCCAGAGCUGCCAAACAGGUUUGAGUUGUUCUCUAGCUCCCAUAAGACCUGGCUACCACUGGAGUCUGGAGUGGGAGUUUGGAGCUAGGAGGUGGACUUUGGAUCCGUACCAAAUAGGGCCUAACUGCUACCGCCUCGUUCUUGUUUAGUCGUUUGGUCCUCCUCUACCUUUAUUAGCCGUCUCACCGUUGCGGCUUCUCGUUUCCUUUCGUGGCGACCGGCUGGGGAGAAGCAGAGGGGGGAGAUGAAGGCUUGUGCGAAGGCAGCGGGGGAGACGCUCCCCCUGGUCCAUGCUCCCACCAGGCAGUCCCUAGCUCAGAGUUUUGUUAAGGUCAGCAGAUUAUCAUCUCAACAUGAGACAAAGUCUGUGGUGUCCUGUUCAGUAAGGUUGUCAGAUAAUGUGACCCACCGAAUAGAAGCUACAGCAGGACACAUCCUUCCAGCUACAACUGAUAAUGUCAUGAAAGCAAUUGACUCAAUUAACAGGGGGCAAGUGAUUGCGGUGCCCACUGACACGAUAUAUGGUUUUGCUUGUGAUGCAUGCUCUGCAGAAGCAGUUAAUUGUAUAUAUGAGAUAAAAGGACGCAUACAGACGCGGCCUCUUGCAAUUUGUGUUGCUGAUGUCCCAGAUAUAUCACGUUUUGCUGUUGUGGAUCAUCUACCCCAUGGUUUGCUUGAUAGUCUACUUCCUGGGCCUGUCACGGUUGUUUUAAAACGAGGUAACAACAGUAUAUUGGAGAGAUCUCUUAAUCCUGGUUUGGAAAGCAUUGGAGUUCGUGUGCCAGAUUUUGAUUUUAUUCGAGCCAUUUCCCGUGGUGCUGGAAGUGCACUUGCACUUACAAGUGCCAACUUAAGCGGGCGACCUAGCAGUGUCAACGUCAAAGAUUUUGAGGAUCUAUGGCCACAUUGUUCAUAUGUCUUUGAUGGUGGAAUCCUUCCUUCUGGGCGUGCUGGUUCAACAAUUGUGGACCUAAUAACACCAGGAGUAUACAAGAUCCUUAGAGAUGGAAGUUCAAGGCAGGAAACUGCUGCAGUGCUUGGCAAGUUUGGAUUUGUUGAAGCUUCGUGACAACUUGUUGACUUGAUAAAGUUGGUACCACCAAAAUGGUCAAAUAGUUCACUUGUCAUUUAUCUCACUUCUUGCUUAGUUAGCUACUUAGGUGAUGUAGCAGAGUAUAGGCUGUUGGUUUGUGUUUAUCGUUGUCCUCUUCUAAAUCUUUUAUUGAAAUGUGUUUGUUUUCUGUAACAAUGUCAAUGCCCUUACUGUAUCAUGUGAACUUCGAUUGCUACACUAUAGUUCAUUCUGAUAAGGUACACUACACUGGAUUUGCCUAUGCAGGCUAAAAGAAAUAUUGAUUGUAAUGGAUUUUAUAUGAAAUCACUAGAUUAUCUCCAGUAUAUAUUGUCAUGUCUCUGG